AGCAAUGCAUUUAGUUUUGAUCAGCGAGACAUAUGCAUUUGGUAAUUGUGCAAAUUGUAGACUGUUGUGCUUAUUUCUUAGCAUAGAUGUGCUAAAACUUGUGAAAUUUGCUUAUAGGAAUAAGAAAUUAAAAUCUGUUGUGAACAAGUGACCAUCAGUGUAGAGGUUUAAACAAGUGAAGAUGUCAACACGCAUGUAACACCCGUCCCAUUCACAAAGCGCCAGAUUUCUCGGGAUAAAAUUACAUCAUGAGGAAACAGUUAUUGGUUAAUUCAAGAUGAGGAGAAAACAGAAAAAAUGAAUAAUUCAUGGCCGCUUAGGCUCUUGAUUUAAAUCAAAGAACAAUUUAAUGUUUGAGGCAGUCACCUCCAGGACGCCAGGGGGUGCAAACUCACCUGCCGCUGAUAUGAACCGCGCAUGCGCGUUUCAGUCUGCAGGAGGAGCGAGGAAAAGGCCGAACUGUUUAUGUGAAACUGAGGAUGCUGUCAUCACAAUCACAUCACUACCUCUGUAUGUGUGUGUGUCUGGAUUUUAUUUCCAGAUGCGCUCUUCUGUGAAUAUCUGAGUGUCUCUCACACUCGCACACGCUGCAGGAUGCCGAUCCCUCCCCCACCUCCGCCCCCCACCUUCAGCCAGGCGAAUACAACUCCGCCUAAAUUGUCUCAGGAUGAGGCGAAAGGCAGAGGAGAGCUACUCUCCGAUAUCUGUAAGGGGACCAAACUGAAGAAAGUGGGCGUGAUUAAUGACCGCAGCGCUCCCAUGAUCGAGAAACCCAAAGGGGUCGGAGCUUGCAGUGGAAGUGGACCCAAUGCUGGGGGUGGGGCUAAUGGUGGAGGUGUGUCCACAGGAGUGCAGCAGCCAAUGGGAGGCUUGUUUCAAGGUGGAGUGCCUAAACUGCGACCUGUGGGAGAUGGUUCCGUGGGCAGAUCUUCACUCCAGCCCCCGUCGUCUCGCUCCGUGGCGCCCCGCCCUCCUGGUUGCCCAGACGACAGUGAGAGCCCAGCCCACCAGCCAUCUCCCCCUCCCCCUCCUCCUGCAAGUCGGCGUGGCAAUGCUCCGCCCACUCCUUCUCAGAAAUGUGCCACACCUACUUAUAACCGUGACAAGCCCCUCCCACCCACACCAGCUCCGCCUCCACCUCCGGUGAAACCGCCUCCUUCUCCGGCCAGCAGUCGCUCUUCCUCAUCUUCGUCCACUUUAGCUCCUCCCCCUCCCCCACCCCCAUAUCGCCAGCAGCUGUCUGUGUCUAAUGGAUCGUCCAGUCCGGUGAACGAACUUGCCCCUGAACUGCCACAGAGGCACAACUCGUUAAGCAAGAAACCCACAGCAGGAGGCCACGCCCCCACACGAGCUCACGCCCCGCCCCCUCCACCACCAAGCCCCUGCCCCUCCCCAGCCACCGCCCGUCCUCCUCCUCCAGUACGAGACCCCCCCGGUCGUGGAGCAGCUCCUCCAGUACCUGCACAGAUGCCGCGGAACACUCGUGAACCUCCGCCCCCUCCACCAUAUCGGACACACUCUGACGCCCCCAGUAGGGGUAAACCCCCACCUCCCCCCUCAAGAUCUCCUGCUGCAGCUCCGCCCCCUCCACCCCCUACUCGCAACGGCCACGCCCACAACAGCCACAAUUCCCGCUCCUUUGCAGAUGAUUUUGAAUCAAAGUACUCUUUCCACCCGCUGGACGAUUUCCCACCACCAGAUGAGUACAGACACUUCACUAAGAUUUACCCCAGUAAAGCCACCAGAGGUGAGAAAACGUCUCAGUUUGACCAGGGGAAGGACUUUCUCAGGCCAGCAUGCGUCUGAAUUUAUUUGGGUUUGUUUUGGUGUGAUGUAUUAAUUAUAUUUUGGUCAGACAUUCAAGGUAUUUAAAAGCUUUGAACUUGAUUUAAAAAAUAAAUAAAUGCUGUGUGUGUGUCUUGCAGUAAUGAGAGGAGCUCCUCCACUUCCUCCUGUGGGCCGGUGAACACUGUGAGCAGUCACACGCAUACACACACGAGGUACACAAAUCCUGCACCUUAUUUGCCACGUCGCGCUGAGCUGCAUUCCCCAUCGUGUGACUCCAUCUGUCCAUUUGAGAGCGACCCAACUCCGAGUGAUUGUCUUCUUCACCCACAGGGAACAUCUUUUAUUUUCAUGUAGAGAUGAUGAACACGUUAAACUGUAAUGCCAUGUUUUCAUCAAAUCUCCAGAGUAGUAUGAAAGAUUAAAUUUGUAACGCACAAUUAUUAGUCAGCCUUGUCCUCUAAACGACAGUAUACUGUGUAUGUGUGUAAUUGUUAUUUUUAUAUAUAUAUAUAUAUAUAUAUAUAUAUAUAUACACACACACACACACACAUAAUGUAUGUAUGUAUGUAUGUAUGUUUCUGUUAACUGGUAAAAACUCUGCUGCAUGACCGGCAAAUUAAGAUACUGCUGGACACAGUGUCUAUACAUUUCAAAACAGUGCAACAUUAUAGGAAUUAAAAUGGGAUUCAUGUAGUUUGCUAAAUGGUCCCCAACUCUCAUUAACAUCUGUUUUUAUUUGAGACGAUGAUACAGCUAGGAAAGUACACAUCUUGGCUGAAUAACGCUCACACCAGUGGUAAUCUGGGUUUGUAUGAUGGACGGACUCUCAGGGUGCUCCUGUAGGUGGAACUUUCUGCAGACAUGCACCGAAAAUCCAGAAACCUUACUCAAGUCCAGAAUUAAAAUGUCCUCUUACUUGUGGUUGUGUUUCAGUGUGGUGUUUAUCUCUGUAAUCUCAGCACUGGAGUUUAAAAGUAUUAGAUUUUUGAGAUGUGAUCAUGUAUGUCCUGUCAGUCUGCGCUCUGAGAGUGAUGUUACACUACAUUAAAUUCAACAAGAAAUGGAACUGAAUUACUUGUUUAUUUGUUUGUUUAUGUAGUUUUUUUUUUUUAGUUCAGUCACUCGGCCACUGACUUGCAUCUACGGUAUAAUAUCUCUCACGAAUGAACAUGAUUUUAUUUAAUUUCUUUUCAGUUCAGGUGCAUUUAUUAACAUUAUAAACUUUAUUUGUUUUAUGUUUACGGACUUUUUUUUUUUUGUAUAAUUGUGUCUUUUUGUAUUUGUUGUCAUUUAUACCUGCAAUUUCUCCCUGUGUUCAUCCUC